CGAUCCGUACUGUACGAACGACCGUGCAUCUCCCCAAAUGCACAGUCCCUGGUCCCGCUGCACCUGGCCCGUGCCCCACCGGCACUUCGUAAUGGACACGAAAGCUGUCCCUAAGUGAACACUGUAGUCGUGAAGCUCCAGCCCAGCUACCGAAAGCUGCCAAAGACAAGAACCUCAGCAACCAUGCGAUUCCUCCACUCCUUGACGCCCGCCCUCGCGCUGUUUGCGGCCGGUGCCGCGCAGGCUGCCUCAUCAUGGGGAUUCGAUAGUGCCACCGUUUCGAUUUCUGGAAAGGGCAAGGAUGCCACCAAGGAGAAACUGAGCCCGACCGCUCCCCUUAAGAAAGCCCUCUCCCUGGAGACCAAGGACAGCCUCAAGCUCAUCCUGACGGCGAAGGAGGGUGACCAGGCCAAGCGCCCGCACCAGGCUUUCCUGGUCCUCAAGGAGCCCACGACCGGCCUCGAGGCCCCCUUCCCUCUUGAGAUCAAGGAAACCGGCAAAGGUGUCGUCGAUAUUUCCCAGAAGGACCUUCCGAUCCAGUUCCUCCUGGCCACCGAGCCCCUCAAGGCCAGCAUCGUCAUCGGCUCUUUCGGCUCGUCCAAGGCCGUCGAGACGACUCUCUUCGAAGUCGCCGUCAAGCGUGACGCCAUCGCCGCUCCCCCGGUCUACGAGCCGCCCGUCCGCUACGGCAAGCAGCCCGAGAUCCACCACAUCUUCAGGGAGGGUGACAAGAGCCCGCCCAAGAUCAUCUCGUUGGCCUUCGUCAUUGCCGUCCUUGCCACGAUCCCCGUGCUCCUUGUUGGCUGGCUCAACCUCGGCGCCAACUUCAACCACCUCCAGAAGGCUCUCUCCGCGGCGCCCCUGGCUCACGUCGGCUUCUUCGGCUCCAUCGUUGCCAUGGAGGGCGUCUUCUUCCUGUACUACACCAGCUGGAACCUCUUCCAGACCCUGCCCGCUAUCGCCAUCGUCGCGACCUCCAUCUUCCUGAACGGCACCAAGGCCCUCAGCGAGGUCCAGAGCCGCCGUCUCACCGGCCAGCGGUAAACGAUGUCCUCGCGACUAUUCACGCGUUUUAAAGGAGAGACGAGUACGGUCUUGGCCGCAUGUGUUGGGAGGACCUGGAGGGACGUUCAUCGGGUUAUGAAGACGGAAUAGCGGGUCUCCGAUCGGCAUCGAAAAGUUGGAGGGGUUGGCCAGUAAGGGUGAAUAAAGAGGACACCCCCUAUUGUACAUCAGAAUCACGACAGCAUCUGGGCAUCUGUGGAUUAGACAAGACCAGGGAAAAUAUAAAGGUGAAA